UCGGUUCCGGAAGUACACAAACACAGCGCACUCACGUUGCUUUUUAGCAAUGGACACCAUACAUGCUUGUUUCAAAGAGAAAAUCGGUGAAGUGCUUUUACCCGGAGAUGUGUUCUCAUUCAGGUUGCCUGAAUCUGGAGAUGGUAGUAUCAAAACCGAGAAGACCAUAUGCGGUCCAGGGCUCCGGAGAAACGGAGAGGAAGUUCAAGUGUGUAAAAGUGGAAUUUUGCGCCAUAAACAGCCAAAUAUGUACUGGAUAGACUCUCAGCAGAGACGGUAUGUACCAGCCAAAGGUGAAAGUGUGAUCGGCAUUGUGACUGCAAAGUCUGGAGAUAUCUUCAAAGUGGAUGUGGGAGGAAGUGAACAGGCAUCUCUUUCAUACCUGGCAUUUGAGGGAGCAACCAAGAGGAACAGACCUAAUGUGCAGGUUGGAGAUCUGGUGUACGGUCAGUUCACAAUUGCCAACAAAGAUAUGGAACCCGAGUUGGUUUGUAUAGACAGCUGUGGCAGGGCCAACGGGAUGGGGGUGUUUGGAGCUGAUGGGCUGCUGUUUAAAGUAUCAUUGGGACUUGUGCGAAGACUUCUGGUUCCUCAGAGUGAAAUAAUAAAGGACCUGGAGAAGAUUUUUCCCUUUGAGCUGGUCGUUGGGAUGAAUGGCAGAGUGUGGGUGAAAGCAAAGACUGUUCAGCAGACGCUGAUAGUGACCAAUCUUCUGGAGACAUGUGAGAACAUGACCUCACAACAGAGACAGACACUGUUUAAGAGAGUGGCAGAUGGAUGCCUCUAGAAGACAUCUGAAAUACCACUUUUCCCACAAUACACCUGGUGGCGGACAUGCCAGAAUUACACAUCAGUUUUCAGAUGUUUCCAGUUUUGAAAACAGAAUAAGGAAGAGAAGUCACCAUUUCUCUUUAAAGAAGCCAAUACAUUUGUCUUUUUUCUAAAAAUUCACUUUUGUAUGAGUAAAAAUGAAUAAAAUCCUGGUGAAACAACAAA